CGGCCGCCAACGGUACUGGACAGUCCUGUUCACCGUCUCCUCGCGGCUCAUACUAGCACGGUUGCAUAGCAAUACGGUUCUUUUAAGAAAAACAUUUUUUUUCCGCCAUAACACAACCCAAAGACUUUGUUGUUGUCGCACGUCGGCGGCCUAACCGUUUGCAAUUUUUCCAACACCGUCCACACACACAAGCCAUUGGCCAACAUCACUUGGAGAAGCAGCAACUGAAGAAGAUUACACUAUGACGACGGUAUACAGCGCGGUCGUAAUCGCUACAGCGAUCCUUUGCGUAAAAGUCGCGGCCUACCCGACCACGGUGGAACGCGUUACAGGUGACAGCAAUUAUUUGCCACUGCGAAACGCGUCCCCCAGAGAUUUGCAACGGUUUAUAGACGUCUGUGGCGAUGGGGAAGACUGUUUGAAGACAUUGACGAUGGAUAAACGGGGAACGCUCGAUCGUCUGAACGGCGGUCAUCUGGUGCGAACCCGGUCGUGGCCGUCGACAUUAGAUGCCUCGGACAAACGCAUGUCGAAAGAAGAUAAAUCCGAUAGCGAUCCACCGAUGGAUUUAACCGGGACCCUGGACCGGCUGGGAGGCACGAUUUUGUUCGUCAGGAAGCCGUUCCGGAUGGGCGGCGGAAGGUACGUCAAGUACACGGUGCAAAACCGGAACAAGUACAAAAUGCCCUUCAAGCAUAGUUGGCGCAACGACCAGCUUGUGGAAUCCGACACAUCGGCCAGCGGCGGUUACGGCGAAGACUAUUACGGUGUACUUUCCGGUGCCUACGACGAUAUCACGGAAGGGUGUGAAAACUGUUUGCCGAGGAACGCACCGAGCUCCUAUGCUUCUAAUUAACAUACCUAUAUUCAAACAUAUUAAUUAUCGUUUAAAAUUAUUAGUCAAUAUAAAAUAUUACCCGUGUGUGUGUGUGUAGUUAAAUGAAGUUAGCAUCAAAAUAUGUGUGUGUUUUGUCUUUAAAAGGUUUUAACGUGGAUAUGUUUUUGGACAGGGCACACAGCCAACUGAAUGUGCGAAACGAAAUGACGUUUUACUGCAAACUCCCCGGCCGUGAAUACAAACUUUUUGUUUUUUUUCGACCGAUUAUUCUUGAAUUAUAAACUAAAAUGAUCAUCAAUGCUAUCUUAGGAAAUUACCAAAAACAUAUCCAUGAUUCAAUGUAUCCUACAGCUAUAAGUCGGCCUGAGCGUAAGGGGUAAAAAUGUCAACGAUUUUAAAGAACAAAGUAAGAAGAUCAAUAAAAAAAAAAAACACUCCAUUAAAACAAUUGAUAUUUUACGCUUAAGUUAGUAACAAAAAGUUACGGUUCACUUUGUCGUGUAAAAGUGUUCAAUGCGAAGUUAUUCUUCGACAAAUUGUUUCAAACUACGGUGGGAUAUCGCUUUUAAAAUAAUACUUAAAAAGUUUCAAUGACUUAGUACUUUUUCAAACACUUUAUUUGAAUGGAUACACCCUAUACUUAUAAGUUUAUAACGAUUACGCUGUACAAAAGGUCAUAAAGGUCAAAAUACUCGCGGUUUGUUUGGUUAUACAUUUUUUUUUAAUGAGACGCACUCCAAUUUCAGUUUUAAAAAAAAUGUAUAACUAA